GUUUUCCAAAUCUAGAAGAGCUUUGUUUCCUACACAUCUGAGCAUCAUAUUCUUCUCUGAAACAAUGCGCUCCACUAUUGCGAUGCCUCUGUUUUGCUUAGAUCUAAGGUAUCCGAGUAAUAGUCAUUGGAGGUUGAUUGGUUUUUUCGGUCGUAAGCCAAAGGAAAAGGAUGAGGUUGGGGAAGUUGCUACGGGGGAGAAUGCGACUUCAGUCUCAAAAGGGGCUAUAGUUCCCUUAUUGAAAUUUGGCAACAAAGGCUUGCAAAGGAUUGGAAUAGUUAGGGCAUGCCCUAUUUUUGCCCUUACAGCGAUUGUAGCUACAAUCUUUAGUCAUAGAUGGCCCUCUUCGCUUAAUUGUCCAUAUAUGUCAUGGGCACAGUUUAAAUCUGUUACUAAUGCUUGUAGCAAGCAAAGAGGGAGUCCAGCACAGGCAGCAAGCAGAGAGGGAGUGCAACAAGUAAAGAGGGAGUUCGGCACAGGGAACAAGCGCAAAGACAGAGUUCAGCAGUCAGCAGGAUGAACUCCAGCAAAUCUGCAGGCUGCAGCUAACAGCUUUGGAUAGCAGCUCCAGGAGCAGAUCUGUAACAGCUCCAGCAGCAUAUUUGUAGCAGCUCCAACUGCAGAUUUGUAGUAGAUCUGUAGCAGCAAGAAGGGGAGAGGAAGGUUGAAGGUGAGGUGAGACUUGAGAGCUUGAUUGUCCGGUUGAGACCAAGAGUGAGUGAGGGGCUGUGGCUGCGUGUGUGAGUGAGGAGAAAGGGAGGGUAAAUGAAUAAAGUUAUGAUAUUAGG